CUGGGGACUCCAAAAUCUCCCCCCAAGCCCCUCUCCACCCAUGGGGACCCCCCAAAUAAACCCUGCUGGCUCCCAGCAUGGUCAGGGGUUCAAAUCUGGGGAGGGGGACACAGGAAAUUUGGGGAUCCCCAGCAAAGUCAGAGGGACCCUCGCGUUCCCCAAGCCCCCCUCUCAGCUGUGGGGACCCCACUGUGAAAAACACACAGGGAUUUGUGUGUGGUGUGUGUGAUUUGUGUGUUUGAAAACACACACAUCUCACCAGGGGCUCUGUCCGUUCCUCCCCCCUCAGACACGCCCAGCGCCCCACAGGAGCAGGAUUCCCCCCCAGAGACGAUCAGGAAGAUGAGUGGAUGCUCCCAGAACAACGAGUCGAGCAGCCCAGGGAGUAACCCGGCUGCCGGUGAGCACAGAGAGAUGGGCGGGGGCGGAGGCAGCUUCAUCGCCGGAGUCUUCAUCCAGGCCAAGAGGAAGAAGCUGAGCAUCUACGAAGCCAUGGUGAGGGGGCUGCUGACGCCGGGCACGGCGCUGGUGCUGCUGGAGGCGCAGGCGGCCUCGGGGCUGCUGACGGACCCCGCGAGCGCCGCGCGGCUCUCGGUGAAGGAGGCGCUGGCUCAGGGACUCAUCGGCCGCGACUUCUACGAGAAGCUGCUCUCCGCGGAGGGAGCCGUGACGGGCUACACGGAGCCCUACACGGGACACAGGAUCUCCCUGUUCCAGGCCAUGAGGCAGGAGCUGAUCGUCAGGGAACACGCCGUCCGCCUGCUGCAGGCCCAGAUCGCCACCGGCGGCAUCAUCGACCCCGUGCGCGGCCACCGUGUCCCCGUGGAGGUGGCCUACGAGCGUGGCUACUUUGACCAGGAGAUGAGCCAGAUCCUCUCCGACCCCGAGAAUCAAACGAGGACUUGCUUCGACCCCAACACCCACGAGAACCUGACGUACCUGCAGCUGCUGCGCCGCUGCGUGCCCGACCCGGACACUGGGCUGCUCAUGCUGCAGCUGAUGGACAAGGGCUCCGUGCUCUACCAGCUGAACGAGGAUGCCCGCAAAGCCCUGCAGGCCGCCCGCACCACGCUGGCUGUGGGCAUCUUCCAGGGCCAGAGCGUCACCGUCUGGGAGCUCCUCUUCUCCCGCUACAUCCCUGAGCACCAGAAAGAGGAGCUGCUGAGGAAAUACAAGGCGGGGACAGUCACCAUUGCACAGAUGAUUGAUGUCCUCACGGCCACCAUCACGCGGGCAGAAAGGGACGACGGGCCUCUGGGAUCCUCCACAUCCAACCCCAACGACAAGGCGAGGGCGUCACCCCCAGCUCGGGACACGCAGGCCCAGGAGCAGCAGUUGAGGAAGUCCCUAAAGUCCGCAACGGUCCGUGUCGCUGCUGGGGAGUUCCGGGGGCAAAACGUUUCUGUGCUGGACCUGCUCUUCUCCAAAUACGUCCCUCAGGGGAAGCGUCAGGAGCUGCUGGAGCUGUACAGGGCAGGGAUACUGACCACGGAGCAGGUGGCCACCGUGGUCACCACCAUCGUGAACCGAACGGAGGCCGCAAACGCCGCGCGGGUGGUGAAUUCCAGGGGCACACACAGGGCAGUGGCAGUGGCUGCGGAGGAUGGAGAGGAUUGCUCAGCACACCUGGAUGACUCCCUGAGGUCCACCACCAUCAGUAUGCCAGCUGGGGAGCUGCAGGGACAGCAGGUGUCCCUGUGGGACCUGCUCUUCUCUGAUUACUUCGCUGAGGAGAAGAGGCAGGAGCUGCUGGAGCUGUACCAUGAAAGGCUAUUAACUCUGGAGCAGAUGACAACUGUUGUCAGCACUCUGAUUAGGAAAAAAGAAUCUGCAGGCAGGAAAUUGCACAUUACAGUCAAGAGUUCCAGCAAGGAUCCCAUGACAGCAGCAGGAGAGGAGGGUGAUGACUCUGAUGAUGCCCCCAAAGAGGAACCCUGGAAAACAACCCUAAAAACCACCAUGGUCCACGUGGAGGCUGGGGAGUUUCGGGGCCACAAGGUCUCGCUGUGGGACCUGCUGCACUCCCGGUACAUCCCUGAGGAGAACAGGAAGGAGCUGCUGGAGCUCUACGAGGCAGGUGAGCUGACCCUGGAGCAGGUGCAGACCGUUGUCAGCACCAUUGUCACCAGGGCAGCAGCAGCAGAGAGGGCAGAGCCGGCGACACCUGUGAGUGGCCCCAGGGCAGAGCCAGUGGCCACAGAGGCUGAACCCACACCCCUGCACGGAGACGAAGCCUGGGAAGAGACCCUGAAGGCCACCACAGCCGAGGUGUCAGUGGGGGAGUUCCAGGGUGGGCAGACCUCCCUGUGGGACCUGCUCUUCUCCCACCACAUCCCUGAGGAGAAGAGGCAGGAGCUGCUGGAGCUGUACCGUGGGGGGACGCUCCCCAUCCAGGAGCUGCUCAGCACAGCCAGCAGCCUCGCCAGCGACAGCCUGGAGCAGCACUUCAGGGCCCUUCCUGCGCACACCAUGGAUCUCCUCCGCUCCGAGGGCUCCUACAUCACCUUUGACCCGUCCCAGGAGCGCCGCGUGUCCGUGUGGGAGCUCCUCUCCUCCAAGCAGGUCUCCGAGUACAAGCGGGAGGCGUGUCUCGACACCUACCCCUCGGGAGGGCUGACAGUGAACAGGAUCACCAUCACCACCACCAUCACCACCGGCCCCCGGCUCGAGCAGCACUGACCGCGACCCCGGCAGAGCAGGGUCUCGGCACCAGUGGGACUUUGCUCCUCACAGCCCCCUGCGUGUCACCAGGGUGACAAACCCGUGUGUGGAGCGGGGUGGG